CAGCAGCAGCAGCAGCAGCAGGUGGAGCAGUGACAGAGUCUGCAGCACUUGUGUUCAUCAGCUCCGGUCAGACUGGGAUUUCUUCCUCCGCUCGGCUUCACUUUCAGCGCUUUCUCUUCUGGAAAUUACCCGCUGGAGACGGAGCUUCGUCGGGAGGAGCGCGGAGCUUUUCCACCUUGUUAAAGGGACACCAUGCUUUACUUCUGGAUACACACCGUGUGGAUCCCCGGCGUCACUCUCCUCUUUGGAUUUCAAGGAUUCCCCGUCCGGAGUGUGGAUAUGCAGCGGGCGACCGACAACAUCACAAUCCGCCAGGGCGACACGGCGAUUAUAAGGUGUUAUGUGAUGACAAAGUGUCCAAGGUGGCCUGGCUCAAUCGAUCCAACAUCAUCUUUGCCGGCCAAGACAAGUGGUCCCUGGACCCCCGAGUAGAUCUGGUCACCAAAGGACAGCUGGAGUACAGCCUGCGCAUACAAAAGGUGGAUGUGUAUGAUGAGGGCUCGUACACCUGCUCCAUACAGACGAAGCAGCAGCCCAAGACCUCACAGGUUUACCUCAUUGUACAAGUUCCAGCCAACAUCUACAAGGUGUCAGAAGACAUCAUCGUGAACGAAGGCAGUAACGUGACGCUCAGUUGUUUGGCGAGUGGCAGGCCGGAUCCUGCAAUCACCUGGCGGCUGCUCAACCCCUCAGCUGAGCCGUUGGACGGAGAAGAAUACCUGGACAUUAUAGGCAUCAUGCGAAACCAAGCGGGUCGAUAUGAAUGCAAGGCCAGCAACGACGUCGCCACGCCCGACGUCAAAUAUGUCAACGUGGUUGUCAACUACCCUCCAACAAUAAAGAAAACCCAGAGCUCAGAGACUCAGGUGGGCCGCCUGGGGACGCUGCAGUGCGACGCCACCGCUGUGCCCACACCGGAGUUUGAAUGGUACAGAGACGAAAAAAGGCUGUCCAACGCCCAGGGCAUCAAUAUCCAAAUUCUCGGCACUACCACUAUUCUCAUGAUUGCCAACGUCACUGAAGAGGAUUAUGGGAACUAUACCUGUGUGGCCUCCAACCGACUGGGCGUCCAGAAUGCCAGUCUCUUCCUCUUCAGACCCGGGACAGGUCGAGAUAUCAACGGCUCCGCCUGUGUAUCUCACUCACUGUGGCUCCUGCUGGCCUGCCUCGCCUGCCUUCUCUUCAAGUGUUAAUGCCGCUGUUGUACUCUUCCUCUCCUCCUGCCUCAUAGCCUUCCUUCCUCCCUUCCUCCUUCUCCUCUCCAACUCACCGACAUCCUUAUUGCUACCUUAUUACCGACUCCACCGCCCUGCAGACUGUUUGCAUAAUGAAACGGAAAAAAAAACCCUGAUGUGCUCUCCAUCACUGCUUAGAGGUAUUACAAGAAGUGAUGGCUUACGAGUCAAAUGUUUGAAGAACAGCAAGAAAAAAAAACAACAAUGAAUUGAAGGACAGAACAAGCAAACAGCGCUCUCUUUUUAUUUCGUAUGCACUUCUUUCUGUGCAGUCUUGACCUCGGGGUCAGGAUUGCGAUUAGGAUUUGUUGUGUUUUGUCUUCAUGGGAAUGAAAGCAGAUAAUCAUUUGUCUCUAAAAGUACUGAAGACAUGUCUCUUUUCUCCCAUAGAUGCAUUAUGUUACCUUAAAUAAUAGACUUAACCGAGUGUUUAACCAGUGCAUUAUUUGACAACAUGCAAAGUAUCUGCCAAAUAUCUUUGACCUGUAGAGGUUUGAAACUAACACAUUCAGAAUUUAAAGGGAAAAUACAGCGAGUGAUUCAGUUCUGAGAUCAAAGCUUAAUAUUAAAAUGACGACAAUGUGACGCUAUUAGACCGAGACAGAGAUGUAGAGCAUUAGCCGGAUAUCUUUCCAAUCAAUGUCUUUGUUGUUGCAGACGCAGCCGUCUCUUAGCUUGCUGCAGAAAUCACGAAUGCAAUGAAAAGGAUCAACUUGAUCCACCUGAGCUAAACCAAUACGGAGUGCAAACCUCUGAGGAAAUACGUUUUGACAUCGUCAUCCAGUUUCUUUGCAAACCUCGCUCGCCUUUAACCCAAAAUAAUUCCUCUUUGCUUCUGCAACGGGAGAAAAGAACAACGCAGUAGGUUGUAACAAUGCGUGCUGUACAUAGUCAAAUUUUGUAUUUCUCUACGGUAAGACGACUCGUUGGGCCACCGUCACAAACAGGAAACAGGGGAGCCGUUGCAGCUGCGCCGCAUUCAGCGACAUUAACUGUUCAACAUGCAGUGUUUUGCUUUUUCAGUUUUAGGAUCAUUUCUUCUCUACUGCUGGAAUUUGGAUAACAAAAAAAAAAUGUAUGACACCAAUGAAUGACUUACUUUUUUCUCUUUCAAAGAAGUGUGCGUGUUUUACUAUGAAAUGAUGCAGAAAAAGUCAUAAUAUAUUGAUAUUGAGGUUAUUUUUUUUCUUGUCUCUUACCUCAUUCAUUUUAGUUGUAUGUAUAUAAAUAUAUAUAUACUUGAAUCCAACGUCCUUAUAUUAUAUGAAAAGUCAAAUUUACGUGUCCAUGUUCCGGAGUAGGGUAGCGAUUUGUUAAGGACGAAUAACUUGUAGACCCUGCUCGAUCAUAAGAACUGAAGCCCGUUAGACAAAUGUUUAAAAAAAAAAAAAAAAAAAAAAAAGGAGUAAAAAAGUUAGCUUAAAAAGAAGAUAGUUUUGUGUUGUGAGUUUUUAUUGUACCUAUCCUUAGGAUGAUACAAGUGCUGGUUUACAUGACAAAAACAGAGGAUGGAGAAUUACGUUUAGCUCGCUCUUUCAAAAGCCGGGAACGCCAUGUGGACGCAGAAAAUGAAUUCUGAAUGCUAACUCCCCACCGCACUGACGGGCCUCUUUAUAACGACAGAAUAUUGCAAUCAAUUCUCUCAUCAUCGCGCCUCACUAACACGUCACUGAAUUUAUUUCCUACUGACCAAAAUGGUUCGAGGAGUACUCUUGUGUGUGGACAUUUUGUAAAACUCUCAAUAACAGUGCAGCUCUUCUUCUCAGAAGUCCAAGCUGUGGUGGUGGAAACUGCUGAAACUGGUGCACUAUUAGCUGCCUUCUUUUGCCAUUUAUUUUGACCCACUGCAAGGCGACUAAUAGCAUAUGGACUCAUCAGCGCCCAGUUCAGCUCCUCCUCGUCUCUGCUCUUCUAACAAUCAAAGCCGAGAUAGUACAAGUACUGUAAAACACACGUGUAAUUAAUGUCAUCCUCGUCAUGCACUAAAGCCAUCUGUUCCACGUGUUUUCACUGUAAAUGCUUCUGAGGCCAUGGUUGUGUGACUUUAUAGUGUCGUUAUGCCAUCUGAUCCAGUCUGAUUUUCAUGUGUGGGGAGAGGGGGGGGGUUAAAAAAGCAGAAGAAGGAGAGCUAAGCAGAGACUUAAACUUCAAGACUGAAGCCUAUAAUAGUGAAAUACAAAAGGGUUGAAUACAGCAUCAAAUGAAAGUUUACAAUCUGAUUUUCUGUCUAAUGAAGGGACCAGAGCACUGCUUGUGUUUUCAUCAUCUUUAACUUUUUUUAUUUACUUGUUUUUCUACAACUGACACGGCUGGUUAAGCCACUUUAACUUCUCCUGAGGUUUUUUUUAUUUUUACUUUUAUUUUACUGCAUUGGUAUUGGUGCAGACUCAAUUAGCAGCCUUUAGCCUCUGGCUAGCUAGAAUGCUAAUUGAUCGGCAGCAAUCUUCUUCCUUCUGUUUUUAAGACAUGAAUGAUCUGGACCCCUGUGGUGAAAUCGUUCCUCAUGCUCAGCUUGCAUGAGAGUGACCUGUGCUACAUGUCGAUUUUUCAGUCGAUCAGUCUGUCCGUCUCAAAUGUGUUGCUUAAAAAAAAAAACCUCAGGGCAGAGCGAGGCUGGCCUUGGGCAGACUCACAGACUAAAUAAAAAUGCGUUCUUUGGUUUUGCUGGAGGAGACCCCGGCAGACUUACCAGAUGAGGGUCUCCAAACUGUGCCCAGCAUUUCAUUUAACCUGCGUGGAGAGCAUGGUGGAGUAAAGUGAGGAGCUCUCACACAUUGUGUUGCUACAUUCAAUUUGACCGUCAUUUUCUAAAUGUUCAGUUAAUACCUAUUUGUGUGUCCAUACAGGUUAAAACCAACCCUAACGCACAGACUGACGUUAAGAACAUUACUGUAAAAGCCAUGCAGCUCUGUCUUACCCACAAGCAGGGGCGUGUCCAGACGGGUGGCAUGGGCCCCCCAUCCCUCUGAAAUCUAAUUGGCCACUCCAAAAAUCCAAAACAAUUAUUAACCAGUUGCUUUGGCAGAGGAAGAACUUAUCCUAAUUAAAUCAAAAUCAACUAUUUGGGCUUUUUGCAGCAGUCUGAUCGUAGUUUUCAAUGCUGCACAGUUUAUUUUAUCGUUGCUUUAAAUUGUAGAUAAAUAUUUCACUCUUUUAAUUAAUUUGCUAGGUGCAUAUGAGAGGAAUGAGUUCGGCAAAAUCUGCAAGAAAACUCAAGAUAGCACACAGCAAAAAUACAUUUAUUGGUAACAUUUUGAUGCUGAAACAUUGCCAAUAAAUGUAUUUAAGAAUAUUUUUUCCGCAAGUUAGACAGUGUACAUCAGUGUGCUUGCAAUUUUGAAGUACUUCAGGUUUUUUACAUUGGGUCCUGCAAGAAUUAAGCUUAGAGGACUUAGAUUUAGCCACUAAUUUGUGUUUCAGUGUAAAGGGUUAACUCAAUGCAACCCCUUCAUACGCCAGGGACCAAGUUGGGCCACCCCAGUCAGUCACGCCCCUGUCCACAAACAGAAAGAAAUCCUGUCCUGUCAUUGCUCAAAAGAAAAACCAACAGCCAGCCUAUGGACACAGCACCAACCCCUGUAGACCGACCGAAUAUCUGCUGACGCCUGUAGACACAGCUUUCUAGUUUACGACUGAGCAUCGCCUCAAAAACAUCUCCAUCGCAUCACUGUUGGCUUACAUGUGUGUGCCUGUGUGUGCGUGUGCUGACACCUAUUCUGUUCAUUUAUAUUAACCUACCUGAGAAGUUAACGUGAGGCAUGAGAUACACAACGAGUUUUCUGUUGAACUUCGGUUACCACGGUAACCCUGGGUUUUUUAUUUAGGAAUCUGUUCCUCCUCAGUGUGUGUAUAUAUAUACAAUAUGAUGUUUCUAAAGUAGAAUCUUGUAAAGUCAGCAACUCCAUAAGAUCAUGUUUAUACAACUCGACAUCUAAAGAUUGAAACAGCAAAUGUAACUAUCACGUUUGUACUUCCCUUCCCUUCGUCAGGGGGAAUUCGGAUUCAGUCAUGGAUUUAUGACACAACAAUGUCCCGUGUGUCUUUUUUUGUUUUCUAUUUUACUUUUCUUUAUUACAGCAUAAGGUGAUUGCAGUCAGUUUCUAAAAAAUGAUAUGUAAUAAAGGUAUAUGAGAAAAUGUUCAUAACACAAAAAUAAAGUGGUUUGAAUUCAA